GCUCCCCAUUCUGUCUCUGUAAAUUUUGUACCAAGAUUUUGCACAAAAUUGGCAAAAAAUGAAUUCCCCUAAAGAAUUCCUGAGAAAAGAUCUGAAGAUGGUCCAUGGCUACCCCAUGGUCUAUGCUUUUGCAAACAACUGGGAAAGGAUUGAGGAGUUCCAGAGCAGACCAGAUGAUAUCAUAAUAGCCACUUACCCCAAAUCAGGUACCACUUGGGUUAGUGAAAUUGUGGAUAUGGUUCUAAAUAAUGGAGAUGUUGAAAAAUGUAAACGAGAUUUUAUUAAUGUUCGAGUUCCAAUGUUGGAAAUGGCGGUCCCAGGAAGAACUUCAGUGGCAUAUGGUCCUUGGUUUAAUCAUGUUAAGAGCUGGUGGAAGAAAAAAGAAGAACAUCCAAUACUUUUCUUAUACUAUGAAGAUAUGAAAGAGAAUUCAAAACAGGAAAUCAAGAAGAUUGCUAGAUUUUUAGAGAAGGAACUGAGUGAUGCAGUGUUGGAUAAGAUCAUGCAUCACACCUCCUUUGAAAUGAUGAAGGACAAUCCUCGGGUGAAUUAUACACAUCUGCCAAGUACAGUGAUGGAUCACAGCAAAUCCCCUUUUAUGCGCAAAGGGAUUACAGGUGAUUGGAAGAAUCACUUCACUGUGGCCCAAAAUGAGAAAUUUGAUGCUGUUUAUAAGAAGGAAAUGUCUGGGAUGGCACUUCAAUUUCGCACAGAGCUCUAA